UGAAAAACACCGGAAACGUGUAUUUUAAUGCGUACAGCUUGCGUGCAUUUGCCGAAGCUGUUUCUUUUGCAGAAAACACCCAAGACAUAAGCGGGGGGUUAAUGUACCCGUCGAGACGACUUUCCAUGAGCCUACUGGGUCCUCUCCUCCAGGCUGAGGUUUUAAUAUGUGAGUUCGGUUGAGGUUGAGGGUUCACACAGCUGUCUGAAGGGAAUAACGUCAGCACUCAGAGGUGACCAGCUCUGGUUUUACACACGGCCAUGUGAGGAGGGACUAUGGAAGGCCAAAAUGAAAAAAGCUGUCCAAUCCAGAGGAACAAUGGAGACAGAGGGAAUCAUGCAAAUAUCGACUUAUCUGAUCCAGUGUUAAUGGAUUCAACAACUGUGACGUGGUGCACAGCUGCAGAGGUGAAACAGUCACAUGCGUAAAGCUGAAUGAGGAAAUGAGAGGCGCACAUUCUUUGGAUCACAUUGCUGAUAAAGAGUAGGCUCCCAUCGAUCUGUGCAUGUGACACAAGACUGACUGAGUCAAAUGACAGCACUGGAUGGAGUGACCAUGGGCGCAGCUAUGUAAGAGGACGUCUGUCCAGUGUGCAGGUCCUGACAAUCAACACUGCUGUUAUUCAUGCCACAUAAUGUGGGCUCUCAGGGGAAAAGGGUGGCUACUCAGCAGAGGAGAAACAAGCAGAUGAUGUAUACAGUAUACCUGAUGGUUAUCUCAGCAUCUCGUCUACUCCUGUAGGACAACAAACAGCAUUCCAGUUUUUAGUUAAAAGAGGAGGCAGGGAGCAGAAGCUCUGAGUGGACACCAUGCCUCGCAACCGAGCCUUUUCUGAGCCAGAGUACUCAGCGGAGUAUUCGGCGGACUGCUCAGUGACACUGCCCUCUGACCCUGGGCAGGCGGUUGGGCGAGCACAUGAGGUCACAGUUCGGAGCUCGGGAUGCUGCCUCUGCCUGCCGCGGUUCAUGCGCCUCACCUUUGCGCCCGAGUCUUUGGAGAAUCUCUACCAGACCUACUUCAGACGGCAGAGACAUGAAACCCUGCUGGUGCUGGUCGUGUUCGCAGCCCUCUUUGACAGCUACAUCAUUGUCAUGUGUGCGGUGGUCUACACCAGUGACAAGCUGGCUUCUGUUUUAGUGGCAUCAGUGGGAUUGGCAGCAGAUAUUAUCCUCUACCUGCUGUGCCGUUUCGGGCUGCUGCCAGACCGCGUCUCGAGACGGGUGGUGCCUUACGCCUUGUGGGUGCUAAUAGCAGCUCAGAUAUUCUGCUACCUGGGUCUGAACUAUGCUCGCUUCCACCAGGCUAGUGACACGGUUGGCUGGCAGGCUUUCUUCAGCUUCUCCUUUUUCCUGACUUUGCCUUUGAGACUGACGCCCAUCGUGCUCGUCACUGCUGUGUCCUGUGGGGUCCACACCCUUGUUCUGGGUGUCACCAUCGCCCAGCAACAGCAGGAAGACAUUCAAGGGGCAGCACUUGGCAGACAGCUUCUUGCCAACAUAGUGAUCUAUGUUUGUGCCAUUACUGUGGGUGUCAUGUCGUACUACAUGGCUGACCGCAAGCAUCGAAAGGCCUUUCUGGAGGCAAGACAGUCACUGGAAGUCAAACUCAACCUGGAGGAGCAGAGCCAGCAACAGGAACGGCUGCUACUCUCCAUUCUUCCAAAGCACAUAGCUGAUGAGAUGCUUCAGGACAUGAAGAAAGAGCCAAGCCAGAAAGAGAUGCAGCAGUUCAACACCAUGUACAUGUACAGACACGAAAACGUCAGUAUUUUGUUUGCAGACAUCGUGGGCUUCACACAGCUGUCAUCGUCCUGUAGUGCUCAGGAGCUGGUCAAGCUGCUCAAUGAGCUCUUUGCUCGCUUCGACAAACUUGCUGCAAAAUAUCACCAGCUGAGGAUCAAGAUCCUGGGGGACUGCUAUUACUGUAUCUGUGGGCUGCCGGACUACAGGGAGGACCACGCUGCGUGUUCCAUCAUGAUGGGUCUGGCCAUGGUGGAGGCCAUCUCGUAUGUCCGAGAGAAAACCCAAACCGAUGUUGACAUGCGGGUUGGAGUGCACAGUGGUACAGUCCUAGGUGGAGUGCUGGGUCAGAAGCGUUGGCAGUACGAUGUCUGGUCCACAGAUGUCACUGUGGCCAACAAAAUGGAGGCUGGAGGGAUACCAGGUCGUGUUCACAUCUCACAGAGCACCAUGGAGUGCCUUCAUGGUGAGUUUGAUGUGGAGCCAGGGAACGGAGGUGACCGCUGCGACUACCUGCGGGAGAGGGGCAUCGAGACAUAUCUGGUAGUUGUUCCUAAAGGACCUGUGGGGAAGAAUGGCAUCAAUGGUGUUAAGCUGUCUGUCACCUCUUCCAAUGGAAACUCCCCACUGUUGAUCAAUACCUCAGAGUGUAAUGGCAGUGUUAACACAGCCUGCACCACACCAGAGGAACCAGAAGAGCUGGACACCAGGGUGGUGAAUCCAUCUUUUCCUAACCCUCGGAGAAGACUGCGGCUGCGGGACCUGGCUGAAAGGGUGAUCGAUGCUCAGGAGAAUGAACAGGAGCUCAACAAACUGCUCAAUGAGGCUCUGCUGGAGAGAGAAACUGUUCAGGCUCUGAAGGGGAAACACACCAACAGACUUUCCCUGAGGUUUGUGGAUCCAGACCUGGAGACUCGGUACUCUGUGGAGAAGGAGAAACAGAGCGGAGCUGCUUUUUGCUGUUCCUGUGUGGUCCUGCUCUUCACUGCAGCUAUGGAGGCACUCAUAGACCCCUGGCUGAUUGCAAACUACAUCACCUUUGCAGUGGGAGAGGUCUUACUUCUCAUCCUGACAAUCUGUUCUUUGGCCGCCAUCUUCCCCAGAGUCUUUCCCAAGAAGUUGGUGUCUUUCUCCACCUGGAUUGACCACACCCGCUGGGCUCGUAACACCUGGGCCAUGGCAGCCAUCAUCAUCCUCACCAUGGCUGACAUCAUGGACAUGCUGAGUUGUCUGCCUCCAAUCUCGGACUCAGGCAGCACCACAGUGGCUCCCUCCUCCCCUUCCUCUUUCUCCUCCUCUUCAUCCUCCUGGUCUGGCCCUGAUGGUUGCCUGGAGAACCCCAAAUAUUACAGCUACAUCGCUGUGCUGGCGUUGAUGGCCACCACAAUGCUGGUUCAAGUCAGUCACAUGGUCAAGCUCACACUGAUGCUGCUCAUCACAGUGGCCACUGGCAUUGUUAACAUCUACAGCUGGAGGGACAUCUUUGACCGCUAUGACAUGGCCCGCUUCCAGGACUACAGGUCAUACUUGGUGCCCUCUAAGUUCACAAUGACAAUUAUGAUCUUCAUUAUGAUGAUCAGCUUCUAUUAUUUCUCCCGACAUGUGGAGAAGCUCGCCCGCACCCUGUUCCUGUGGAAGAUUGAGGUCCAUGAGCAGAAGGAGAAAGUGUAUGAGAUGAGGCGCUGGAAUGAAGCACUGGUGACCAACAUGCUGCCCGAACACGUUGCUCGACACUUCCUGGGCUCCAAGAAAAGGGAUGAGGAGUUGUACAGCCAGUCCUACGAUGAGAUUGGAGUCAUGUUUGCCUCAAUUCCCAACUUCUCAGACUUCUACACAGAGGAGAGCAUCAAUAAUGGUGGGAUUGAAUGCUUACGGUUCCUCAAUGAGAUCAUCUCAGACUUUGACAGUCUUCUAGAUGAGCCUCAGUUCCGCUGCAUCACAAAAAUCAAGACCAUCGGCAGCACCUACAUGGCAGCAUCAGGUGUAACCCCAGACAUCAGCAACGGCUACACCUUCAUGAAGAAGGAGGAGCAGUCUGACAGAGAGCGCUGGCAGCACCUGGCAGACCUGGCAGACUUUGCUCUGGCCAUGAAGGUCACACUCAUGAACAUCAACUACCAGUCAUUCAACAACUUCAUGCUACGCAUCGGUCUGAAUAAGGGUGGAGUGUUAGCAGGAGUAAUUGGUGCCCGAAAACCCCACUAUGAUAUCUGGGGCAACACUGUGAACGUGGCCAGUCGCAUGGAGUCCACAGGGGUUAUGGGAAACAUCCAGCCCUCCCAUCUGGCUUCCAAUAUCAGGGGAUAUGGGGAAGCUAUAAUGUUAACGGUCUUCAUAGUCCUGUCAAGAGAAAGAAAGUUCUGUACUAGCUGAAACGGGCCAACUGGCAGAUAGCAUUUCUGCAGGAAACCCAUUUACCUAAGUUGGAACAUGAAAAGUUAAAGAAGUCAUGGGCAGGUAAAGUAUAUUACUCUUCACAUUGAUCAGGGUGGAAAAAGGGGGUAGACAUACUUAUACACAGACAGGUUAAUGUCACACAAACAUCCACAUAUAAAGAUAAAGAGGAGAGAUAUAUUUUAGUAAAUGGAUUAAUUGAUGUUACAUAAGUGUCCUUAAUAAAUGUAUACGCACCUAAUGAAGAUUUGGAUAACCAGUUGAGUGUGUUUACUGUGCUGUGCUGCGCUGCUGUGCGAGCAGCAUGUUUGACUGUGCGUAACAGCAGUUUUUUGAUGGUCAUUUACACAAUGUCCAUAACAAUAACUAUGUCAGGUAACAAACUGUGUUGGGCUUGGGUGGGGUUUGGUGCCCCCCUAAUAUAAUGGUAGAGGAAACACUGAGAUUAUUAGCAUUUAGAUUAAGAAAACAGUAAUCAUCUAAAAUAGUACAGAUAAUAAAAUCACAAAAUUCAUUUGUCACAAAACCAGAUAAAACAGCUGAAUCCUUUGCAGAGUUUUACAAAUCCUUACAUAAAAAUACAGAUACUUGUACCAAUGAUGCAAGGCUUGCAGAAUUUUUAAAUAGUACUAAUUAACUGUGCUAACAGAAUCAGCGGCAAAGGAACUAGGUAAGCCAAUUGAAGAGCUGGAGAUUAAGCAGGUGAUUUCAACACUCAAAAAUAAUAAAUGUCCAGGGCCAGAUGGAUACAUUAAUGAAUUCUAUAAAACACUGUUAACACUGUUAUUGAAAGCAUACCAUUAUGCAUUAGAAACAAAAACUAUGGCACCAUCGUGGGAAGAAGCAACUAUUGUGGUAAUACAUAAAGAGGGUAAGGAUCUCACUGAGUGCUAGUCCUACAGAAAAAUAUCACUGCUGAACGGGGAUCUAUGGAUACUGACGGCAAUACUGGCUAGACGAGUUAUUCAGAUAAUCACUGAAAUUAUUGAUCAAAUUGGUUUUAUCACUGGAAGGUACUAUGGAGAUAAUUUGCGUUCCCUGCUAAACAUAAUAUCCCAUCAAAAAUAUAAGAAAUCUGAAUCAUUGAUCAUAUAUUUAGAUUUCCAAAAGGCAUUUGAUCAUAUAUCAUGGCAAUAUUUAUUCCAUUAAACAUCCAACAUUAAAAGGGUUCAGAUUUGGUGCUGAAUUUAUAAGCUGGGUGCAAACACUGUACUCAUCUCCACAGGUUGCUAUCAGGGUUAAUGGUUAUAGACCCCUUUGGUGUUAGUAAACACGAUGACGUAUUUUUAUGGGCGGAGCGUCGGUGGUGUCAAAAAGAACAGGUUAGCUGAUGCAGCGGCUGGCUAGCUAGUUUUAUAUCUAUUUUAGCCAAGGAGGAGGUUUAGAAUUUUAGCACACAAUGGCUCAAGAAAAUGAAAGUUUGUUGGAGUAUGUGCAGUCACUCACUGUCUGUGACCGCGAGUGUUACUUGAAAAAAUUAACAUUAACCAAUGGGACCAGAUUGGCCGACCCCUACUCCCUCACUCAAUGGAUGGACGAUGUGACAGAAUUACCUACGGUAGAAUGGCCAGACAUUUACACGCACUUGAUAGAGAAACCAAGCGUGUAUAUUAAAGAGAAACUGAGGGCGUGUCGAUCUUUAGAUGCCUAUAACUAUGUUAUUAGUGGUCAUGUACAGAACCUGGAAUACAAAGAUUUAAAUGAUGAGUUUUGUUUCGUGUGAGCUGAAGUUCUGCCUAGCCAGCGGCAAGGCCAGAAGACAACCAUGUACCAGGCUUAGGUUACUGUAAAUAGAAGAAACAGCUACGUCUUCACGGCGAACUGCACUUGCAUGGCUGGGUAAGUAAACUACAUCUCAUAUGUGAAAGUGUUUGUCACCCAUUAAGCUAGCUAACUACACUGCCAUUUUGUUAUGAUAUAUACCAUAUGAAACAGCAAAAUCUUUAACAACCAUUACAGUUAACUGCAAAUGUUAGCUAUGUUAGCACUCAGUUUCAUUUUUCUAUGUGACAUGGCAGCCUAGGGUCUUGUUGCAGCCAUGCAGCAGGGAUACUAUUAAGGUGGAGCUGUAUGUUAGGAUGGGGAGAACAGAGGAGCAGCCAGCAGUCACAUCACGAGUCUGCCUCUGGAAAGAGACAAGGAGAGAGGUCAAACCAGCAAGGCUUAGGGACAUCAACUUCCAGAGGCCUACAACAAGCCAGAUGACAGCAGUCCCAGCCAAAGUCAGGAGCUCGAGUAGCAGUGCUAGAGGCGUGUACCAGUAUAGUAUAGAACAGAAUAGAACAAAUACUUCGACAGAACAAACAGAACACUUGAUCUAUUUUCAUUUAUCUUUUUCCUUACCUUUCACAUGAUUGCAUCAUUAUCACACAAGUACUCUACUGCUCACUUACCUGUUACGUUCACAUGAUUGCAUAAUUAUUUCAUAAGAUGCCAAUCAUCCAAGAGAAUGUGUGUUAAAUAUUGUUGUCUUAUUUCCUUCCUCUAGAACUCACAGAUGAAGACAUCCAAGAACUCCAUGUGAUUGCCCCUGAGGCUGCCGUUCUCACCAGCAUGGAGAACAGCAACACUGACACAGCAUCAGAGUCUGGGGAUGCUGUGGAUCCUCCAGAGCUGCCAGAGCCACUCACUGCCAUGUACGAGCCCGCACUCAGACAGCAGACACCAGUGGACUUCAGAGAGAAAUGUGAGGAGGCCUAUCUCAACAUGAAAAGAAACAUCCACCCUGACCAGUGUGAGAGACUUGAAGCCACAACAAAACAGCAGGCAAAGUCCAACGACUGGUACACCCACAGGGCUGGCAGGAUUAUCAGCGCAACAUUUUAUAGUGUAUGUACAGGUGACUGCUUAUCCAAAUCAACCCUGGAGAAAAUCAUGCACUACAAUGACAACAACAUAGAGGUUCCAGCAGUUGUGUGGGGAAAAGAAGAGGAGGAAACAGCUAGGCAGUGCUACAUCAAAGAGGUCAACAAAAAACAUCAAAAUGUAAAGGUUAGCCUCUGUGGUUUUGUGAUACGACAUGAUGAACCACACCUCAACUCAUCUCCAGAUGGUAAAGUACAAUGUGAGUGUUGUGGGGAAGGGGUUGUGGAAAUCAAGUGUCCAUAUAAGUACAGGGAAGGCCUACAGGAUGCCACUGUCAGUGAAGAUUUCUGCCUUGGCCAAACAUUCCAUCUAAAGAAGACACAUCCUUAUUACCACAAUGUUCAACUCCAUAUGUUUGUCUGCAAUUUUAAUUUAUAUACUUUAUUAAUCCCCCUGAGGGGAAAUUCAAUUUUUUCACUCCGUUGUCAUUAACACACAGGUCCGAAAUACACACACAUGCACAAACAGGACCUAUACAUGCACAAAGUGGAGAGAUGUCAGAGUGAGGGGGCUGCCUUGGUCAGGUGCCCUGAGCAGUUGGGGGGUUUAGUGCCUUGCUCAAGGGCACCCCGUCAGUACCCAGGAGGUGAACUGGCACCUCUCCAGCCUCCAGUCCACGCUCCAACCCAAGUCCCUAUGGACUGAGCUAUUGCCACCCCAAUGUCCAGUAUUGUGAUUUUGUUGUGUGGACAACUCAAGAGCUAGUUGUAAAUCGCAUCCCAAGAGAUGAACAGCUCUUGCAGAAGGCUUUACCUAAGGCAAAACUAUGUUAUGUAUCUCGUAUUCUGCCAGAACUUCUAACCCAUAGCCAAGAUCCUGCCCUCUAACCACCAGUAUUUUGCAACACAUGCGAGAAGCCAAAGUUUGGAAAAAUGAUAGAGUGUGUUAUCUGCAAACACGUCUUCCAUUAUAAUUGUGCACAGGUGAAAAGGAGGCUACAGAAUUGGCACUGCAGCCUGUGUAAAUGAAUACUGUACACCCGAUCCAUCUGUGUCCAUCUUAACAGCUAAACAUUGUUAUAUUAACAAACAAGUAUAUAUGUUAAUGUUUCUAUUUGUAAAAAUGCCUUUUACAGCCACUGGAGGGGGAAUGGUGCCAAAAGACAAAAUAAAUGUGAAACAUUCAAUGUGUUGGCUAAGGUAUUAUUUCAAGAUUGAUGUAACAGCCAUUGUUAUCAUAAACUAUGACUCCUGUAUUACUUGGAAUACAUUAACUGACAUUGGAAUACAGAGACAUGUAAAGGAGAGCUAUUUGCUAUACAUAAAAACACCAAACACUGUGAUUAGAUUUUGGGACUUCUAUUUGAUUCUUUCAGUGUUCUUCAGUUCUAAUUGCAAGCAAUCACAUCACAAAAAAUCAUGUCUAAAUGAGCAGAAAAGCAUGUAUAGUUCAUUAACACACUGUUUCAUACACAUCACACUCUUUUUUUUCUGGGCACUACAGGUUUGCAGAGAUUGGUAAGAGCACCACACACAAUGACCAUGUCAUCCAAGAGGCUAACUUGGGAAAUUGGAAUGACAGAAUGCAAUAUUUUGAAACUCUUCCAUCUGCUUAUAACUCUCUCUACGUGUAUUCUAACACAAGAACGUUGUCUUGAUGAAUCUACUUCACAAGCAUGUAACUGACUCUUUCCUUUAGUGAAACUUGGUAUAUGCAAGGUGGCACCAUAUGCAGCCAGUUCAUCUCUGAUCAAAAUCCCCUGUCUGCUAAGAUUUCAUCUUUUGUCUCCAAUAGCUGUAAAAAUCCUGAUUCAAGUGUUAUUUGCUUAUCUAACACCCUCCCACCCCAGCCUGGGGACACGAAUGAGACUGCCCCUGCAGGCAUUAUUCCUACUUAACUGUGUUAUUGUGUUUGUAAUUAGACCAGGUCUGAGCUCUAGCGGUCAAGUUAGAGGAUCUCUCUAUGAAAAUCUCUGUACAGUCAAUUAUACACCGGCAUCUCUUGAAAUGUCGCCUGAAACUUUUUGGCAUAUUUUUAAGGACAGCACCCUUAGUUUGCCACUUAAUAGAUUUCAAUAUGUUUGCCAUUACAGGCAACCAGGAUCUUAGAAUGCUUGAUAAUGUACUUUCAGAAACGUUGAACCUAUAUGCUUUAUCUCUGUUACUGAGUCCCAAUCUCAGUUUCAUAAGGACCACUAAUAAAACAUCUUCCAGCGUCAGGGUGAGAGUUGUAGUUAGCGUCUGCAUGCCAUGUUUUAUUUUUUGUCAUUAACCAGAUGAACAUUACAAAUCUUAGCCCUGUGAGAAAUAGAAAGUGUAAAGCAUUGUCUUUGACUGAGAAUGAGAACCGUGAUUGCUGAAGCUCCUCUUUUAAUCUGGCGUUCUCCUCUCUGAGUCUGUAAAAGUCACUCCUCAAGUUAACAUAUUCAGUACUGAGUUGCUCAUACUUUUGACUGAGACUGUUGUACUCUUCUUGUGGGUUCAAUUAACAUGCACAUUCUCACUGUUUUUUUUUUUUUUUUUUUUUUUUGUGGUGCUAGGAGUUGAUCCCCUUGGACUUCAAUCAAUCAAUCAAUCAAUUUUAUUUACAAAGCCCAAUAUCACAAAUCACAAUUUGCCUCACAGGGCUUUACAGCAUACGACAUCCCUCUGUCCUUAAGACCCUCACAGCGGAU